AGUGUAAACGGAGUCUUGUCUCUGUGUAUUUAAGUGUUGAGACGUUGAUGAUGAGAUGUGCUGUAAAUCAGUAGGGACUGAUCUGUCCAUGCUGGAUAUAUUGAUGAUUUCAUCACAGAAAUCUCUCAGCUGAAGAAAGAGGAGAUUUAGCAAUGAAACGAGAGGAUGUGGAUUGUUGUGAAUCUUCAGUGUAUGUGACUGAUGAUGGGAGUCUGGAUUCAGUGUGGAUGAGCAGAGAUCAGAGCCGCACACCACAGCCACUGCUGGACUCUAAACUCUCUGAAGAGAAAUCCAGACACACACAGGACUCCGAUCUCAGUCUGACUUUACUCUGUUAUACUGAGUCAAAGCCCACAGACACUCAGGACACUACAGUGUGUGACAGUAAACAGAGCUUACAGGAGGAUCAAACCUCCACAGAGUCUCUGGAUUCUGUCUGUAAUGCUGGAGAACAGCAGCAGAUCCUGCAGACCAAACUGAAGAUGUGUUCAGUUAAACUCAUCGACUGCACGAACCUCAUGAUGAAGAUUAAAACUGAACCCACAGAAAUCAAAACUGAACCCACAGAAAUCAAAACGGAACCCACAGAAAUCAAAACUGAACCCACAGAAGAGGAAGAUCGCACUGAGGAAGAGGAUGAUUUUAUUCCAUCAGAUGUGAAGAGUGAUUCAUGUUUGGAUAUAGAAAUAACGUCCUUAACAUCAAAAGAGCGACUGACAGCACAAACUCUUUCCUGCAUCACCUGUGGAAAGACAUUCAGCUCACAGAGACAUUUAGAGAGACAUGAGAGAAAACACACAGAACAGAAACUCUUCACCAGAUCUGAGAUCAGCUUUACUACCUUACAAGAGAAGAAACUUCCUUCAGAAGACCACAGAGAGAAGAAGAAGAAGCAGUUUCACUGUGAGCAGUGUGGGAAGAUUUGUAUUUCUCCCUCUAAACUAAAUAUUCACAUGAUGACACACAGUGGUGAAAAGCCUUUCAACUGCACUGAAUGUGGAAAAUACUUCAGAACCAAACACACUCUUAAAAUUCAUCAGAGACUUCACACAGGAGAAAAACCUUACAAAUGCUCUCAGUGUGACAAGACUUUUUCUCAGUCAAGUCACUUCAAAUCCCAUCAGAGAGUUCAUACGGGAGAGAAACCUUAUCACUGUAGUUUCUGUGGGAAGAGUUUCAAUGAACGGGCUUCAUUACUAAAGCACCAGAGAGUUCAUACAGGUGAAAAACCUUUCAAAUGCUCUCAGUGUGACAAGACGUUUGCUCAGUCACGUUACUUACAAGUCCAUCAGAGAGUUCAUACUGGAGAGAAAUCUUACGUCUGUGCUCAUUGUGGGAAAAGCUUCUGUAAUUCAUCUCAUUUAAUAGUUCAUCAAAGAGUUCAUACUGGAGAGAAACCUUACGUCUGCGCUCACUGUGGGAAGAGCUUCUCUAAUUCAUCUCAUUUAAUAGUUCAUCAAAGAGUUCAUACUGGAGAGAAACCUUACGUCUGUGCUCAUUGUGGGAAGAGCUUCUGUAUUUCAUCUCAUUUAAUAGUUCAUCAAAGAGUUCAUACUGGAGAGAAACCUUACGUCUGCACUCAUUGUGGGAAGAGCUUCUCUUAUUCAUCUCAUUUAAAAGUUCAUCUGAGAGUUCAUACAGGAGAGAAACCUCAUCACUGUAGUGUCUGUGGGAAGAGUUUUAGUCAUCAGUCAAACUUAGUUAAGCACAAGAGACUCCACAGUGGUGAAAAGCCUUUCUACUGCACUGAAUGUGGAAAAUACUUCAGAACCAAACACAAUCUUAAAGUUCAUCAGAGACUUCACACAGGAGAAAAACCUUACAAAUGCUCUCAGUGUGACAAGACUUUUUCUCAGUCAAGUCACUUCAAAUCCCAUCAGAGAGUUCAUAUGGGAGAGAAACCUUAUCACUGUAGUUUCUGUGGGAAGAGUUUCAAUGAACGGGCUUCAUUACUAAAGCACCAGAGAGUUCAUACAGGUGAAAAACCUUUCAAAUGCUCUCAGUGUGACAAGACGUUUGCUCAGUCACGUUACUUACAAGUCCAUCAGAGAGUUCAUACUGGAGAGAGACCUUAUCACUGUAAUGUUUGUGGGAGGAGUUUUAAUCGACAUGACAAUUUAGUAACACACCAGACAAUUCAUACAGGUGAAAAACCUUUCAAAUGCUCUCAGUGUGACAAGACUUUUUCUCGGUCAAAUCACUUCACAGCCCAUCAGAGAGUUCAUACUGGAGAGAAACCUUACGUCUGUGCUCAUUGUGGGAAAAGCUUCUGUAAUUCAUCUCAUUUAAUAGUUCAUCAAAGAGUUCAUACUGGAGAGAAACCUUACGUCUGCGCUCACUGUGGGAAGAGCUUCUCUAAUUCAUCUCAUUUAAUAGUUCAUCAAAGAGUUCAUACUGGAGAGAAACCUUACGUCUGUGCUCAUUGUGGGAAGAGCUUCUGUAUUUCAUCUCAUUUAAUAGUUCAUCAAAGAGUUCAUACUGGAGAGAAACCUUACGUCUGCACUCAUUGUGGGAAGAGCUUCUCUUAUUCAUCUCAUUUAAAAGUUCAUCUGAGAGUUCAUACAGGAGAGAAACCUCAUCACUGUAGUGUCUGUGGGAAGAGUUUUAGUCAUCAGUCAAACUUAGUUAAGCACAAGAGACUCCAUACAGAUGAUAAACCCUCAGUGUGAGAUGGCGUUUGCUUAAAUGGUCAUUUAAUCCAUAGAAACAUUCAUCUUUAUUGAAAGUGGGUCAUAUUUGUAGUCGAUAUGUAACAUAAAUUUAGAAUUUUGUGCCUAUUUGACCGAGAAAGGACAGAACGUGACUUUAGGGCACAUUUGUAUGGAAAACUACAACUCCCACAAUGCACCAGAGUGCACAGCUCUGCAAGCCACUCCCAUUAAUCGGAACACCACUCGGAUAUGCUAUUGUGUAUAUAAAUGUCACGUUAGUAAAACAAAGAAAAUAGCCCCAACUGUGUCUGACAGACACCAAUCAUGACUUGCUUUUAAACGUGAUGUUACGUUGUGUUACACACAUUAACACUCUGGUCUGGGGCCUCAUUUAUAAAACUGUGCGUAGGAUCCUUACUAAAAGUCUACGUACACUUAAAAGCCAAAAAUAGUGUACGCACACCAGCAAGCAAUAUUCCUUUUAUAAAUCACAAAUCACCUGAAAAUCUAUGUGAAUCUGCCUCUCACAUCCCGCCCUACACGCCCAUUUUUAACCAUAAAUAGUCAAUGCAAAUCACCUCCUAAAUGCUGAUCCUGAUAUUAAUGAGACUGGCAUCCAAUUGUUAGUUCGUAAGCUUAAUGCGCCCAGCCAAUAAACACAAGCGGGAGUCACCGCAGCAAUUAUAUAUUUUUACAGCAAUUAUAUACUGUAACACCUUGCCAUAAUAACAGCAUUAAUUAGAGGUAUCACUAAAAUAAAAUAGAUAGCAUAUUGUGUUUUCUGCUCCUUUUGUGCAAGGAGGGCCCCAGCCCGGCGCAAGAACGUUUGAAGGGGGGGGGGGGGGCUAUGAUUCCUGCACGGGGGAGCUCACAGUGUCAGUGCCAGUCAGAGGUGUAAAAAGUACUCAAAAAUGUUACUCAAGUGAAAGUACAAGUACUGAGUGUAAAUUUUACUCAAUUAAAAGUAAAAGCAUCUGGCCAGAAUCAUACUUGAGUAAAAGUAAAAAGUACCACAUUAAAAUUGUACUUGAGUAUUAAAAAAGUAAAAGUAACAGGAAAAUUAAAACUAGAGAUUCUUGUUUAAGCUUUUAAUCUCUAAAAACAUGAAGUGAAUGCACCACAUAUAAGGUUUUAUCCUGAUUUACAACUGUUUGUAUUUAAUUGUAUUUCAACUAUAAAACAACCUAAUUUCAGUAUCCAACAUGUUACUCAAAGUUUUGAAACCUCGAAUUUAACAAAAUUUUCAAAAUUAAGUAUCAAGCAUCUCGCAGACAGCCAGUGCAGAAAGAGUUGUAUUAGUUCUUGUUCACACUGUCAGUCCAAAUCUGAUUUUGGUGCAUAUUCGAUUGGAAUCCAAUCACAUUUAGAAUGUGUGAACGGCUAAAAACCACGUGAAAUCUGUUUUUUUUCUUUUCCGUUUCAAGCUAUAUCCAGAAGUGGUUUGAAAUACUUUUCAAAUCACAUUUCCAGAAAUACAUUUAAGUCUGACUGCUAUUUUUGUAGCUUUUCGAUUACGUCAUGCUGUUGCGUCACAUACAAUUUAAACACGAUUGUUGUGCCAGUGUGACGUCAUUGCCAUAGAAACAGUGCAUAUAAUCCAGAAAAUGGCAAAACCCUACAGGACGCACAGAUCGGAUCUAAACAGUUGUGAUACACAAUGUGAACAGUGAGUCUGUCCAGUCAGACAUUCAACAAAAUCAGAUUUGGACUGAUAGCGUGAACGAGGUCUUAGUCUUGAUAGAGAGGCUGCAAAUAGCAGGGAACGUGAGCAGAGACUUCCUGGUGUCUGAAACUCAGGCCAGAUAUCCAUCCAACUCUUUGCUGGCUUAAUGUGUUGUCGGUUUCAAAGAAGCGAAAAAUCUUCAUCCGACAAGCCCACUCGCGAGUCUCUAGCCCUUACCUGGGCUGAGAUAUGGCCAACCCUUCCUGGAUAUUUCCUUGGCCUUAGCUCAGGCACCUUAAGUCCAGGGCGUUCGCCCUUCGGGUCCCUUAUCCUACCCAAGAGGGCCUUUCGAAUAAGCCACCCACGAGUCUCUUUCCCUUUCCCCUGCCGAGAUAUGGUGGUCCUUUCCCCGAUUUCCCACGGCUGUAGCUCGGGCAUCUUAAGUCCCCUCGGGUAUAAGAGACACAAAGGCAUCCAAGCUAUAAUCGUGGGAAAAUCAGGGGAAUGGCCGCUGUAUCUCAGCCGGGGAAAGGGUUAGAGCGUCAGGGUUGGCUCGUUGGAAAGUCCCUCUCAGGUAGGAGAAGGGAUGCCAAGGGCGAAUGCCUCGAACUUAAGGCGACCGAGCCACGGACGUUUGAAAUUCAGGAGACCGUCAGCCGCAGAAAGGGUUAGAGAGUCGGGGUUGGCUCGUUGAAAAGGCCCUCUCGGGUAGGAUAAGGGACCCGAAGGGCGAACACCCCGGACUUAAGGUGCCUGAGCUACAACCGAAUGAAUUUCAGGGAGUGGCACGCUAUAUCUCGGCCAAGGAAAAUAAAUAACAUUUAAAUUAAACUGGCCGUCAGCACAAUUCAAUUGGUUUGGUAAGAGUAAGGGAAAAUAGAAUAAAGUGAUCUCUAAAAAAUAAGUACUUUUUGACUGUAAAUAAAAUUGUAAGGAGUAAAAAGUACUUUUUUUUUCUUAAAAAAUUUAAUUAAGUAAAAGUACUGAUUUUAAAUUGUACUCAAGUAAAGUAAAAAUCCCCAAAAAUAAUACUUAAGUACAGUAAUCAAGUAAAAUUACUUAAGUACUUUACACCUCUUGUGCCAGUGGACGUUAAGCAAUCACAUAUCUUUCAUUUUAAAUCAAUUCAUUUCUGCUCUCUCUCGGACGUUCAUACGCGCUUUAGCCUAUGAUAGAAAUCGGAUUAUUAAUAUGAAAUUAAUGUAUUUUAUUUAGUCUACAAUAAAACUGUAGAACUGCAUUAAUAUUUGUUAGAUCAUUUAAAUUAUGUUUUUUAAAAGUAAAUGUUUUCAUUUUUAUAAAUCAAUGUAGAAUCGUUUACAGCAGCAUCACAGUGCUUCAUAAAAACUCUCAGGAAACGUGCACAUGUGGAUAAUUCUAGAGGUUUAAUUAUUCUUUAGCAUCGGGAUCACUAGACAAGAGCUUAAUAGCCUUAUUUUUGUGAAAACCGACAUUUCUUAAUUGUGUUACCUGUCGUAGUUAGCCCGUGCGGUGCGCAUUCAUUCCGACAAAUUUACCGUCACAAAUGGAGAGAAUACCAAUUGGAAGUACUCAUCCCUAUGCCCUACUCCCUUCGAAGAUCAGAGCUUUGCAUAGAGUUGCGUAAUUGUGUCUCUCAUUGCGUGACUGUGACCGCUAAAAUAGCCUUUGGAGAAUAGAGCAAUGAAAACAACGUCAUUUUCACUUUAUCUGGAGUGAGUUUAAGCGGCGUUCCCUUCCCGAAGUGCCCUUCAAGGGCGCAAAAACACAGUUUUGAAUUCGACCAUGCUCUCUCUCAUCAGGCUUGGCUGUGCAGGUGCAAUUCCAGGUUUUUAAUAAUAAAUUUUUUUAAGGGCUGAUUUCAAUGGGGUUUUUUUUUAAAUAAUAUGAUUGAAUUUUAUACUAACCUUAAUGCAGUAUUUCACUUUAUUAAAAAAUAUGUGUUUAACAUCUGUGUGCAUAUACUGACCCAGCCAACAUUGAUAUGUGGGCCCCACGUGGGUCCCAUCUGGGCAGCAUGGGUUACAUGUGGGCAUGGGCUUCACAUGGGCAAUAUAUGUGGGUCCCAUGUGGGUUUCCCUAUGUGGGCUGCAUAUGGGUUUGCCCAUGUGGCAUUAUAAUGUGGGGCCCUCAUGGCACCUAUGUGGGCAAAACAUUUUUAUGCUUGAAAUACAUCUUUAUAC